GGCCGCUCGAUGCGGCGCGGCACCGCGUCGCGAUGUGCUUCGCGUACGCAGUCGGUGCCGGUCCAGCGACUGAUUUGGAGAGAGCAGUUCUUUUCUUGAUCUUUCUUGCCGAGGAAGAGAACGGAGUGAACGGCACAAGUGUGGAAAGUCAACGCGAGAGAUCGCAAUGUCGACGAAGCUGCAACUGCUGUUGGUCGCGCUGCUUCUGGCGGUCCUGAUAGUGGACGUGUCCGCCCAGCGUAAACGGAAAUAUCGGCGUCGUACGACCACGACGGAGGCACCCGUGCAAGAUGAGAUCAUGAACAUGCUGGAGGCUGACGAAAUAGCCGAGGAGGCGGCGACGGCGGAGGAGGCUGAGGUCACUCUUGAAAAUGGCAGAAACGAGGCUGGAUCGAAGCAGCAGCGUUUGCUCCAGGCGGACCCGUGCAUGGACAAACAUUGCGGCGCUGGUCGCGUUUGCAAGAGCACGGAGGAGGGCACGGCUGAGUGCGUUUGCGUGGAGCUCUGUAACCAGGAGGUCGAUCCGCGUCGCAAGGUCUGCACCAACUACAAUGAGACCUUUGGCAGCGAUUGCGAGGUCUACCAGGCACGUUGCUUCUGUGACACCGGUGACGCCAGGUGCAGAGGCCCCGACUAUAAACAUAUCCACAUCGAGUACUACGGCGAAUGCCGACAGAUGCCUAUGUGUAAGGAGGAGGACAUGGCUGACUUUCCCAGGCGAAUGCGCGACUGGCUGUUCAACAUAAUGCGCGAUCUGGCAGACCGUCAGGAACUGCCGUCGCAUUAUCUGAAGAUGCAACGCGAGGCUGAGACCAAUCACACUUUGCGCUGGGCGAACGCAGCCAUCUGGAAAUGGUGCGACCUGGACGGCCACCCGCACGAUCGAACGGUGUCGAGGCACGAGCUAUUCCCGAUCAGGGCGCCCUUGAUGGCUCUCGAGCAUUGCAUCGCGCCCUUCCUCGACUCCUGCGACAGCAACGACGAUCACAAGAUCACGCUGCUCGAGUGGGGGAAGUGUCUGCAGCUCGACGAGGACGACAUAGAGGACAAGUGUGACGAGCUGGCGGAGGCAAACCAGGAGCAAUAUUAGAUAGGAUCCGCGGCGGGCGAUCUCCUCCUCCUCGGAGUUGGACAACAACAAGCGCGAGCGAUGCGGCGUGCGCGAGAGCGAGACGGCGGGACGGUGGGACGCGAGGCGAGCACAAUAGGGGGGUUCGGGAAAGGCCGUCGGGACGGAGGGUGUGAAGGGCGCAGGUGACGCGCAGAGGUAGGGUAGGGCAGAGUGCGACGGCUGGGUAAAAAUGGCGGGAAAAAUCCCCGCCAACGUGAGCGCACGGGCGCCUGCACGCAAGCGCUGACGCGCCGCGCGUCGACGAGUCGAUACGGACGUGAGAGAGAAGUAUCGUCGUUUCUGCCGAUAUACGCGCGCCGGCCAGCCAGCCCAGCCGACAACCGACAACCGACGACGAAUCGAGCCCUCGACGCCUCAAUAAUACAGGCGUCGCCCCCGCCUGUCGUCGUCGUCGUCGUCGGUGCUCGGGAUCUGCGGAUCCGCGGCCCGACGAGAGAAAGAAAGAAUUUGAAUCUCGGCGUAAUCGAACACCUUCGCUCUCGAUACUUGGAAUCGCAUGAUGCAAUUAAUUUGAAUUUAAGCAUCGAAGGUCGAACGCAACGCAUGUAGAUCCGAAAAAUUCAUCCACCCGGAAGGGAACUGCAGGAAUACCAGAGAAACGCUUCGGCAUCAAUUGGACUUGAUUUGAAUUCGUAUAAACGAAACUGUAUUUCGAUUACGCGCGAAUAAAUAAAUAAUAUGGUGGAAAUUACUCGCCCGGAGUUUCGUCUGAAAACGCGCCCGUACAAUCGCGAAGCUAAAAAUAAACGCAGACAGGGUAGAUUUUAUCGACGAACGCGCAGAUUCGAAAUAUUUGAAUAGCGUCACACGGGAAUGGGUAUUUACUUCCCCGCUCGCCAUUUUGCGAUCGUUCCGCCGCCCGCAAAUCCGCGAACCGUUCUAAAUUAUUUUUUAUAGAAUGGAAUAUUAUUAUGAAAAUUCUUCCGAGAAAGGAUAUUGUUGUAUUACGACAGAAGGUUUAGGAUAUUUUAUGACCGAUUCGAUCGCGCCCGUCGUAGCAUAAUUUCAAAGUAUAACCCCGUAGCGCACAAUUUUCUAUAUGCGACUCUUUUGUAUGAAAUCACUGCCUUUUUCCAACAAUAAAGAGAAAUAACAAUG